AGACUCCAGUGGCCAGCGGCUCGAGGCUUCGCGUGGGCGUCUAGGUGGAGUGGGGCGUGCCGGGCGCUCCUCGCUCUGCCGGCGUCGCUGCUCCUCUCAUCCGCGGCAAACUCCAACUCAAGGAGGAAGAGCAGCAAAUGUUUGCACAGUGUGUCUACCCGACUGCCAGCCACAGGCGUGUUUGUUGGCUGGAAGAAUGACCACCACAGCACUGCUCAUUCCUACCUCCCCGUGCUAUGGUCUUUUAAGAAGGUGACUUGCAGGCCGGACCCUCCUCAGCAUAGGAAAGUAGAAACCAUGGAAGACAUGGCAAGCCAAGGAGGCUCCCAGAAGAAACCAAAGCCCACAAGGAAGAUAUGAGUAGCUGAAGUAUUUGGUGCUAUAUAUAGUCAGUUGAUGUCAGCUGGAUGCCAGUCUCUUCAGAAAAGCUCAGUCCCCAGUUUAAGUCAGAGCGAGGGACCAUGCCGUUCGAGGUUCAAGGAUAAAAACCAUUGGCCCAAGUGCCACCUAUAUUCCAUCUCCAGAGCCUUCCUCCACGAAUUGAGAUUCGUCCCUGCUGGAAAGCACAGCCUCACAGCUAGGGAACAAAAAACCAUGCUAUCACAUAAUACCAUGGUGAAGCAGAGGAAACAGCAAGCAUCAGCCAUCAUGAAGGAAAUCCAUGGAAAUGAUAUGGAUGGCAUGGACCUGGGCAAAAAGGUCAGCAUCCCCAGGGACAUCAUGUUGGAAGAAUUAUCUCACCUCAGUAACCGUGGUGCCAGGCUAUUUAAGAUGCGCCAAAGAAGAUCUGACAAAUACACAUAUGAAAACUUCCAGUACGAAUCUAAAGCACAAAUAAACGUAGAUUUAUUUGAUAAAACAGCACAGCUUGCUAUGCAGAAUGGGAAACUGGAGGGAAACAACUUGGAAGGUGGUUCCCAGCAAGCCCCCUCGACUCCCCCAAACACCCCGGAUCCACGAAGCCCUCCAAAUCCAGACAACAUUGCACCAGGAUAUUCUGGACCACUGAAGGAAAUUCCUCCUGAAAGAUUCAACACCACAGCUGUCCCUAAGUACUAUCAGUCUCCCUGGGAACAGGCCAUUAGCAGUGAUCCGGAGCUUUCAGAGGUGUUAUCCCCUAAAUUUUUCAAGCCUGAAGGAAAGGCAGAACUGCCUGAUUACAAGAGCUUUAACAGAGUUGCUACCCCAUUUGGAGGUUUUGAAAAAGCAUCAAAAGCUGUUAAAUUUAAAGUUCCAGAUUUUGAGCUACUACUGCUAACAGAUCCCAGGUUCAUGGCCUUUACGAAUCCCCUUUCUGGCAGACGGUCCUUUAAUAGGACUCCAAAGGGAUGGAUAUCUGAGCAUAUUCCUAUAAUGAUAACAACUGAACCUACAGAAGAUACCACCAUACCAGAAUCAGAAGACCUGUGAAAAGAAAGCUGUAUGUGCCACGGAAACCUCCAAAUAUAAAAGUUGCUGUUUUACUAUUCUUACUGUCAAAGCCACUUAACAUUUUUCAUUAGUAGCAAUAAUUUAAUAGCAACUUAGAAAUUUUCCUUUUAUGGCAUUUAAUUUCAAUCUCAGAUCAAAUACCAAUAAACAAUUAGAAAUUUUAUUUUAAAAAACU